AUGCUCACCCGCACAAAAACCACCAUCUCUUCUUCUUUGCCUUCUUCAUCGUCAUCAUCGACUUUUAGGACGAGGAGGAAAAGGAGACACACGAGGACGGAGAGAAAUGCAAUCAUCAUCCUUUCCGCUCCCAACGGCUUUUCUCCCCAAAGUCGACGAGAACGACGAAGAACGAGACAACGACGACGACGCGUCGUCGUCCGGAACGAUUUAGGCGGCGGCACGAUGCCACCACCACCACCUUUACCGCCGCUUUCCACCACAAAACCUCGGGUCAUCGAUGUUCUCCUCGGCGUCCACCCGGCGAAAGCAGAGGGAAGCGUGCGAGACGCAACCGCAGAGCACUUGAUCGAAGCGUUCGAGGAGUUGCCGAAAAAAGAGCAAAUUGUGAUGGUGAAGAAACUGUUGCGAGACGCGCUGCGCGAAGACGAGAUGAAUGAGACUAUGGUUUUGGAGCGAGCGCCGGAGGUGAAGAUUUCUAAAAGCGAGGGAGAUGAGAGAGCGAUGGAUGGUACGGCUUCUUCUUCUUCUUCUUCUUCGACGACGAUGACGAAUGAAAGAGAAAUCUUGGAACGCGCGGUGAGGGAGCUGCCAAACGCGAGACCCGAGCAAAGGGCGAAAGCGGCGGAGAUUUUGAGACGGUUGGAAGAGGAAACGGGAAAAGUAAGGGGAGAGAAAGAAGAAGAGAGCGCAUCGACGAAGAAUGCGUCUUACGACGCGAGUAAUAGCGGUUCUAGUAGUAGAUUAGAGAACAAUAGAUUUAACGAUUUUGAAAAGGAAGAAACCGAAGAGAAGGACGAUAAUCCGUUCGAGGACGAGGACAUCGUGUGGGAUUUGCGAAGCGCCGUGGCAUCGCUGACGACUGUGGCGAAAGCAAAAUUGAUACCGCCGCUCGCGUUCGGUACCGGAUUUGCCGCGUUGGCGUUUGUGCUGACGAAAAUGGUAGGCGGAGAUGACGCCGGUAACGAGACGAGGGACGAGGCGCGAAUGAACGAUGAAAGUGACGCUCGAAUAUCUCCUCCUCCUCCUCCUCCUCCUUCAACGAUUAUGAACGACAGAAACGACAACGACGCUGGUGACAUUGCACCUCCGUUACUUCCCAUGGAAGAGGCUAAACGACUUUUAUUCGAAAGUCAAGCAAUACAACCACCGCCCGUGUCAACGACUACGAGUAAAACGAAGAAGAUGAAGAAAAGCGAGAAUCGAGGACGAGGCGUCGCUACUAAUACUACCAGUUCUGGUGGUAACAGCAACAGCGUGCUCUGGAAACGGAAAGAGGAAAAAUAUGACGCGUUAUUAGAAGCAGCAGUAGAAGAAGAGGACGAGGAUAUCGAAGACCCCUUUGAAGACGACGACGACGAACCAGAACGAGGCGAAGAAGCGCGAGAGAUGUCACCGCCUCCACGAAAAUCCGCCGCCAGCGGCAGCACCAGCGGCGGCGUGAAAAAGCAACGACGACCGCCGCCAGAUCUUACCUCUGCCUCGUUCUUGAGCGAAGAAGAUCGCGAGAAGAAUUUUGAGAACAUUCGCGCGAGACGUCCGAGAUGA